AUGAUUGAAGAGCAAGACGAGGUCACGAUUGUGGCCGCACGAAAUGGGGCGAAAUGGACAGCCGACGACAAGAAUCUCAUGGAAGAGUUGGCUACAAUCAUGGAAAGACUUUCUUCAGAUGGUCCAAGACAUAUUACCGCACUCUGCCACCUGAAGCAAUCACUAACAACUCUCACAGAUCCAUUCGACGAGGAUCCGCUUCCUCGUCUCCAAAGCAGGUUGACAGAAUACUACGCGCCGAGGCUUCGACACCAUGUCCAAGAACUUGUCAAGCACGAAGGAGGCAAGACAGACAUGAUAUUCUUCACAGAUACAUGUCGCGUCUUUCUGUCCAACAAGAUAUCGCUUCAAGAUUUCGCCCAGCGUGUCGAGAAUCUUUCCUAUAACACUGAUUUCUACUCUGUCCUGAGGGCUACAUUCACCACUGCCGUACUCAAACGGCUAAUCGAUGAUCUGGCAUUUAUUCGGAGGCCUAUGCAAGGUGCCAGAGCCUUCUGUUACGCAGCGAAGAAACUUGGGAGUUUUCAAAAGAUUAAGAUCCGACUGCUAGGUUCCUAUCCAUCAAGAGCCGUGUCACAUGUGCGAUUUCCCAGAAAAAGACUUCCGCUACCUCGGGGGUUUGAGAAGAAAUUUGAAGCCGAGGUUAGAAAGGUCAAAUGGGUGCAUGCUGAGAUGAGAGUGAUAACUCACCUGUUGAACGAGGAUAGUGAUGCGAGGCGUGUAGGGCUGGUCCCGUAUCUCGGUGUCAGCAAGAGGACAUGCUUUCUCUGUGGCCAUAUAAUUCAGCAAAUGGGCCAGUUCCAAACGAGAGCUAACCAUGGCAAGAUUUACUCUCAGUGGACACUGCCUUCUGCGGUACUCGUUGAGCAGCGGGAUGCUGUGAGGCUGCAGGAUGCUGUUGAGCACUUGAGAGAUGUACUGAGGCGAGAGGCGGACCGAGACGAUCUGCGACCUAUAGAUGCCGAGAAAGAAUCCGUUAUGGCGACGCCAUUAUUACCACCAAGCAUUAAGAGUACCCCGUUCACGCAACAUGUCAAGGAUCCGAGACGCCUACAGAGAGAGUCAGACUGGCUUAGCCACCUUGCCCGACGAGACAGAACAUCCCGAGAAUAUAUUCAGAGCGGCGGUUCAGGUUCAACGAGUGGUCCCGGCGGCGAGGCGCUGCCCGGGAUAUCCAACGAGGCCCGCACCAGCGAUCACCGUUCCGCACCAGAGACCGCUCGAAAGACGUGCGCUAAUUGCAAGAUAGACUCUGGUUUUCUGGUUUCUUGCCCGAAGUGCGACUCAGUAUUGUAUUGCGAUGCCGACUGUCGCAAAGCCCACUGGCCUACACACAAAUUCUGCUGCAAAUUGGGCCAGCCCAUCGACCCUGCUGAUUACCUGGUGCUUGCUUGUCAAACGAAUCGGUUCCCUGAGGAUGAGAACACCGCUACCGCCUAUGGGUUUCGGUACUUUGCAUCUGCGAAGGAUCGAGCGAGACUGUUCAAACUAUACUGCCGACUGGUCAAUCAAGGUGGAGUUAUCGACGAGGAGCUUCGUGAAGUUUUGCAUAAGGAUCAACUCAAGGAGUUUAUUCUUUUCCGCAGCUCGCAGCUACAAUGGGCAAAUUCUCAGCACGAUAUAGACUGGCUUCGCAAACAACAAGGGUUUAGAGCCAACGCUGUAUGUCCAGAUCUCGGCCAGAAGAUCAUUGACUCAGUGCGGAACUUCUUGAGCCCCGAAGACAGGGACGUCUGCUUUUCUGAUCUGAGUCCUCUUGAAAAACGCCAGGCCUAUGUCUUCUACGGGCAAAUUUUGAAUGGAUAUGUUCCUGAUGCGGACGAGGAUAAUUGGAUAUCACUGGGCUUCUGUACAGCUCCGGGUGACCAAGGCGCUUUCCGACUCGCGGACCUUUACACAUUCCUCGUCCAAAAGUGCCAGUUUGAGGAAUUCUGGAAGGCAAUGGCCAAUUCAACCAUGAUUGAACUCCUCAGAAAAUACGGCAUUGGUCAUAAAAUUGCUCAACUGCGCAAUUUUGAGCACCACAUGGGAAUCGUUGCGACGCGCUAUCACAGCGUCUGGGAACUUAAGCGGUUCACUAAAUUGGCCGACCCCCACCCAAUGCGUGCCGUCGACGUCGACUAUGGAUUUGUAAAGUGCAGCACCGCGCGUGAGCGAUUACUCCUGCGUCAGAUAUACACAGACUACUUCUCAAGAGGGGAAGACGAGAUGAAACUCCACGAAGCCUGUGUUAGCGGGAGGCUGGCCGAGUUUCUUGAAUCCGUCCUCGGAAAACUGCCAGUUUCGCGCAAGGCACUGGCGAACUGCUAUCCAUUGGAGGGGUAUCUUUUCAUGGGUAUGGUGGCGAAGUCGGUGAUACUGUGCCCUGAGUCGUUGGGGGAAGAUGUCAGACGCAUGUGUCAACAGGGGGGAGGAAGAGGCGUCAUAUUGACCAUAACAGACGAGGACGAUGAGGCGAUGAAGACUUUCAUGGAAGAACGAGCGGCUUUCCUUGAUAUUGGUAUUAGAAAACGCCUCACUCGUCACGGUGAUAAGAAUAUCAUGGAGUUGGCUAUGGAGUGA